AUGGAAGCCAUCUUGCUCGGCGCUGGCGUGGGGCUUGUGAAGGCGAUCGAAAGCGGCCUCGCCGCCCGUUCCGUGUCCCAGCUCUUUGGGGUCAUGGACAACAUCGUCUCCCACCCCCUCCUCGAUGAGGAGCUUGACAAGUUGGACAUCGUGCCGAUGCUGCAGACCGUGGGCGCGCUGGUGAAGGACGUACCGGACGACCUGAAAGCCGACGAGGCGGCUGGCAUCGCCCUGAACAACAUUGUUGACAUGCUCGACAAAAUCCGUCUCACCCUCGAGCGCCUCAACAAGGAGACCGAGUACCACAACACCCAGCGCUGGCUGGCCUCGCUUCGCAGCCCACAGUACGAUCUGGACCUGGCGAAGCUGCGCACGUAUAAGACCAUCUUGGAGCAGAGGAUCGACCUCUUCAUCAAGAUUCUCUCCCUCCAGAGAACGGGACCUGCGCAGGGCAAGAAGAAGGCGGUGACCAUUCCGGCAGCUGAAGCGGUGGUGGAGGUCGAGAUGAAGGCCCCCACCGAGGAGGACAUUGACACCGACCUCACCAUCAUCCCCGAUUCCUCCGAGAGGCUCUGA